AACAUCGAAAUGGUGAAGCUCCUUCUGGAAUCCAACGUCGAUAUUAACGAUGGCCUGCUGCAUGCCAUUAACGAAGAGUUCGUCGAAGCCGUCGACCUGCUUUUAGACCGCGAGGAGGAAACUCACGAAUCCGGCCAACUCUACAGCUGGGAAAGAGUCGACAGGUCUUCGUCCACAUUUACUGCAGACAUAACUCCUCUGAUUUUAGCAUCCCACAAAAAUAAUUAUGAAAUCAUUAAAUUAUUAUUAGACCGAGGUGCGACUUUGCCAGUUCCACACGACGUUAAAUGUGGUUGCGAUGAAUGCGUUUGCUCCAACCAGACGGACUCUUUAAGACAUUCGCAGGCUCGCAUAAACGCUUACAGAGCUUUAACUUCGCCAUCUCUCAUUUCUUUGUCUUCGAGUGACCCUUUAUUAACAGCCUUUGAACUUUCUUGGGACUUAAGGCGACUUAGUCGGCUGGAAACCGAGUUCCGGGCCGAAUACAGCGAAAUGAAGGCGAAGGUGGAAAAAUUUGCAGCGGCUCUUUUAGACCAUGUCAAAACCUCAGAGGAACUCAUGGUUCUGUUGAACUACGACUACAGGAAUCCUAGUUGGGUUUCCGGCGAACGCCAGUCUUUAGCUAGACUUAAACUAGCCAUAAAAUAUAAGCAGAAGAUAUUUGUAGCACACCCGAACGUCCAGCAGCUUCUGGGUACCAUCUGGUACGACGGAGUACCUGGAUUCCGGCGAAAAAACCUCUUCGGACAAGUACUACAGUUGAUGAAGUUAACUAUAAUGUUUCCCAUUUACUGUGUGAUCUACAUGGUCGCACCUACCUCAAGAAUGGGACUAUUCGUAACCAAACCCUUCGUCAGAUUUAUAUGUCACUCAAGCAGUUACGUGUUCUUUUUAAUGCUGCUGGGGGCGGCAUCCCAGAGAUUGGAGCUCAUCAUUUUCGACUGGAUCGGUACUGAGUGGAUGCAGGCGGUGGUGGAAAAGUGGCAAAGCGAAGAAAGGGGGAUCGGUCUGGGGCUCGCCGAAUGGGGAGUGGUGAUAUUUGUGUCGAGCAAAAUGUGCAAAGAAAUCCGAAAGCUCUGGCACAUCGGCCUCGACCAAUACAUCUCCGACUUAUGGAACGUCGUCGACUUCAUAACAAACAUGUUCUACAUCGUAUGGUUGUCCUCCCGACUGUGCUCUCUCUACAUCACCUGGUCCGCAGAAGCAGCAGGAAAAAAUCCGUGGCGGCCCCGCGAACACUGGAACUCAUUCGAGCCCAUGCUAAUAUCCGAGGGAGCUUUCGCAGCAGGAAUGAUUUUCAGCUUCUUAAAAUUGGUUCACAUAUUCAGCGUAAAUCCACACUUGGGGCCACUUCAAAUAUCACUCGGCAGAAUGAUUAUUGACAUAGUAAAGUUCUUUUUUAUUUAUACGCUGGUCGUGUUUGCCUUCGGGUGCGGAUUGAAUCAGUUGUUGUGGUAUUACGCGGAGCUGGAGAAAAAUAAAUGCUAUCAUUUGUCGAAUGAGGCGCCGGAUUUUGAGAGUCAUGAUAAGGCGUGCACGAUUUGGAGGAGAUAUGCCAAUUUAUUUGAAACCACUCAGACCCUAUUUUGGGCGAGCUUCGGCCUUAUCGACCUAAUGUCAUUCGAACUAACCGGAAUCAAAACUUUCACACGAUUCUGGGCCUUAUUGAUGUUCGGUUCAUACUCCGUUAUUAACAUAAUAGUCCUUUUGAACAUGUUAAUAGCGAUGAUGUCCACCUCCUUCCAAAUUAUAUCCGAACGUGCAGACGUUGAGUGGAAAUUCGCUAGAAGUAGGCUCUGGAUUAAUUAUUUCGAAAACGGCGAUAUUUUACCCCCACCUUUCAACAUCCUACCCAACACCGACAUGUUUCGUAGAUUGUUUGCAACAAAACACAAACGAGUCACAAUUUCUAACAAAAUUGACGCAAAAAACCGCCACGAUGCCGUCGUACGACUUUUAAUCAAGCGGUUCGUGACUGCUGAGCAACGAAAGCGGCACGAAUUUGGCAUAACCGAAGACGACGUCAUCGAAAUCCGGCAAGACAUAUCCAGUUUGAGGUACGACAUUGUGGAUAUUUUGGGCAAAAACGGGAUGAGCACUCCGAACAUGUCCUUCGACGAAACUCAAGUUGUCGGACGAAAGGGGAAAAUGAUCGAACGCAGAAUACUGAAAGAUUUUCAAAUUGGCGUUGCCACAGAAGUCACCAAAACCAAACGCAGGUCCACUUUCAAGAAAAGGAAGAAGGACUGGAACGCGCUAGUGCGUCAAAACGCCGCUUUCGACCCCAUCGGGUCGUCGAAGAUGCUGAAAAGUCAGUCCACAUGAAAUUUGUUUAUUUAUAGGCGUGAUUAUGAUGGGGAUUAAUAAAGUCUGUGUGCCUUAUGCGACGGGCGCAGUUCUGAAGCCUUGCCAAAAGCAAUUUAUGUUUUGGGUUAUUUAUAGUUCGAUUUUAACGAAAGUUAUGUUAUUGAAAUUUAAUUAAGUUUAACCACUUUUUGGAUUCGUGAGUUGAAUUGACAUUUGUGUAAACGAUGCUGUUGCAAAUGAAAGACGAAGAUGUUGAGAAAUGAGCAUCUGUCGACGUCUGCGAUACUUUGAGAUGUUUAUUCUGAAUUUGUUCUCAUAAAAAUAUACGUUGGUGAUUCGACGGUGAGGAAUUAGUGUUGGGUUUUGUGUUAGGGUAAUUUAAAAGUUGGUUGAAGUGUGUUUCGACGAACUUUGCUUCGCCCUAAUUUAUGACUUUUUUGCAAUUUUUGU